AUGACGAUCCAGUCUGGCCCACUGUACCGAGUCAAGGGUUUCCAUGUCGCCAUUACCUGCAGCGUCAGCGGCUUCGAGGACAUGUAUGAGCACGACUUCAGCUUCUCAGCCCACCGGGCCACCUGGUCUGAGGAGAUCCAGAUCAUCAGCACCGAGGAUGAAGGCUUCGCCUACGCCAUAUUCUCGUCACGGGUCCGGAACAAGGACAUCUGGAUUGAGAGGCAGUCGGGGUCAUCUGUUGUCUUCCACAUCAACAAUGCUCUCCUGGAGGAUACUGCGGAGAUCGAGUGCUAUAGUCCGAACACAUAUGCCACCCGUUGGGGAGCCUACAGUGCUAAAACCUCCCUGAAGGUGGUGGAGGACACCCUGGUCACCACCUACUCUGGACCCAGCCCCGUGACUCUGUUUGAGGGGGACACCCUUCAGCUGGAGUGCCAGGCCUCCAGCCAAACCUUCCAGCAUACCCACUUGUCCGUCACCUGGCUUCUCCACGCCAAAGGCGAGGCCGAGCCCCGCCCUGUCAUCAGCCUGGACCGUGAUUUGACGGUGCGCCCGGGGGCUGGCUACGAGGAGCGCUACAAGUCGAGGCAGGUGGUGAUCGAGAAGGUGGAGGACACCCGCUACCAGCUGCGUGUGGCCAAAAUGCAGCAGGGUGACCAGGGGAGCAUCUUCUGCCGGGUCCAGGAGUGGAUCCAGGACCCUGACCGCUCCUGGGUCACUGUCGCCAACCGAGACGCUCUGCCCGCAGACGUGGUCGUCAAAACUGUCGACGUGGCUGCAGACUCUUUUGCCGCUAACAUCAACGUGGCCAAGGCUGAUCUCCAGGAGGGCGAGGCUGUGGAGGUCCGCUGCAGCGUCCAGACCCAGAAGCUUCCAGAACUCUUCUUCACCGUGGCCUGGUUCAAGGGCGAGCAGGAGCUGGCGCGCGUGGGACCACUGGGAAAACUGACCGUUUCAUCCGCCUACGAGAGGAGGGAGCGUGAGGGCGAGCUACGGGCGGCCAAGACCACGGAGAAGGACUACCUGCUGACCCUGCGUCCGGUCAGGACGGAGGACCAGGGGGCGUACCAGUGCCGGGUGUGGCUGGAACAGAGAGGCCUUGGUGGGGUGUUCAGUCAGGGUCAGAGCGAGCAGUCUCAGUCCCAGCAGGUCACCAUCACUCCUAAAGCGAGUGGACUGAGGGUCUCCAUGGUACCGAGCCUGAGUGUCACUGAGGGGGCACCUCUCACCCUAUCCUGCACCGUGUCCGGGCUGCACGGCGAGCUAUCCGUCGCCUGGCGACACAGGACAGACUCACAGGGCAGCUCGUUCAGCGAGGUCGUCAGCCUCAGCCGUGAGGGUGUGAUGGAUCUCGCCCCAAAGUUCCGUCAGCGGCCCGUGUUGCGGACGUUCCGAUCAGCCGAUGGCACCGUCGUCCUGGAGAUGGGUGAGGCCGGGGUUGCGGAUGCUGGCGUCUACGAGUGUACCGUGUCCGAGUGGAGCAGGAACAACGGCAGAGAUGUCAAGAAAACAGCCAGCCAAUCGCAGGAGUGCUCUGUCCAAGUGACGGCACUUGAUGAACUGGUAAAAGUGGCCUUAAAAAGUCGUACUACCAACGUGGAGGUGAACAAAGAGAUCAGUCUUCUGUGCCGUGUGGGGGCCCCCAAAGUGCCUCUGUCUGUGACCUGGCAGUACCUGCAAACUGCAUCCUCUAAGCCACAGAUGGUGGUCUCACUGAGCCACACGGGGGACAUAGCCUGGGGCCACGAGACCGAAGGAUACCAGCUCAGCACCAUUGUGAGUGGGGACAACACGCAGUACACGCUGGCCAUGACCAAGGCAAGCCUCCACAACACGGGCCUCUACCAGUGUGAAGUGGGAGCUUUCCUGAAGCAAACACAGAAAGCCAAGAAGCUAUCAAGCCCUCUGGGGGUGAAUGUGCGGAAGCCAGCCAGCAAGUUAUCACUCACCCCCUCCUCUGCCCUGAGAAGCGUCGUCAACUCUGACAUCCAGGUGUCGUGCGCGGUUUCCGGGGCAACCUCCAACUCCUCCCGCUUUAACGUCACCUGGGAUGUGGGCGGCCGCAUGGUCGCCAGCAGUGACCUUGACGGCGUUGUGAUGCUCCACGACGCGGGCAAGAGGACGGGCACGAACACGCUUCCGGGGCCGAAGUUCGAGCUGGCGCUGCGACAGACAGGUGCCAGUGACAGUGGCAUCUACACGUGCCAGGUGCAGGAGUGGCUCCAGGACCCCUCUGGAGAGUGGUACUCCCUCCCGCCCAAGACCGCUACCGUGGAGGUGACGAUCAGAGAAAAAUACAGUAAUUUCCGUACGGACGAAACCAAGACUCAGAAAAAGGAACGUGAAGGAGGGCAGGUUGACCUCACCUGCAGCAUAAUCUCUGGAGUGGACGACCCUUCCUCCCACCUCUCCCUGACCUGGUACUACAAGAGCUCCAGCGCAGGAUCAGACUCCCCCACCUUGACCCUUCUCACAUACAGCCAGCAGGGAGACCUGACCUACGGUGACGACCCUGCUGGUCUGCCGUCCAGGCUCCGGUUUUCUAGGACCGACCCGAAAACCUUCCGCCUGACCGUGGCCAACGUGGAACCGGGAGACAGCGGGAAGUACUGGUGUGGGGUGGAACAGUAUCAGCACGGGUGCACCGGGGUCUGGGAGAAGAAGGGCUCAGGUGAAACAGGGGUCACCCAGGUCAUCGUAGAGCCGAUAGCGGCCUCACUGGAUCUUCAGAAGACCAGCAAGAGUGUGACUACUAAGCCCCAGGAUGGCUUCAACGUGGACUGCGUUAUCGAAUCCCGUUCUAGCGAUCGGUCGGCCUUUGAGGUAAUCUGGUACAGAACCCAGAAUGAGGGCAGGACCCAAAUGAUCUUCAAUGCCAGUCGGGAUGGUACUUUCCGUGCUCUGGAUUCACCGGCAGGUGGCCUGAUGCUCAAGCGACCCACUCCCAUGCAAUUCGACCUCAAGUACCUAAGUGUGGGGCCCUCAGAAGUGGGCAUCUAUUCCUGUCAUGUGACAGAAUGGCUGCUAAUGCCUGACAAAAGCUGGAGGAAACUGGCUGAGAACCGGUCCGGAGAGCUCAACGUAAACAUCCAGACGGAAGUUCAAAGUGAUUUCAGCUUGAACAAAACAUCAAGGAACUGUGGAGUGACCGAGGGUCAGAGAUUGGACCUUGAAUGCAGCGUGGAGACUGAAGGCUCUGACCCGUCCUCUUCCAUCUACACCGUCACCUGGCUGUUCCAGAGACCGGGUUCCGACGGUUCCGUGGCCCUGCUGACACAGAUGUUUAACGGGCACCUAAAGGUCCAGGACGGAUACCAGGACCGGCUCCGGUUCUCACACCCCACUAAGGACACCUUUGGCCUGAGCAUCCUGACGGCAGUGCCCUCCGACAGCGGAGCGUACCACUGCAAGGUGGAGGUUCAUCAGCAUGCCUGCGGUGGCGAUGGCCAGUGGAAGGCUGUGGCCGCUGACCAGUCAGGAGUCAUCACUGUCAGUGUGCACAAGCUGGGUACGACAUUAAAUGUGUAUGGCAUGGCCCCUUUAAUAUGA